AUGAUUGAUAAUACAGAUGAAUAUAAAUGGGAUGGUCUAGAUCAUCUUAUGAAUAGCAAUCCUAAUCAUGGACCGUCAAAGCCAAUGGCUGGUGCUCCCAAAGCAAGUAUUUUCGAUCUCAACAGUGUCCGUGACUCUGUUCUAUUCGAUAACAAAGAUAAAGAGAGAUUCUCUUUUUGUCUAUCUCCACCAAAAGAUCCACAUGGAUAUAAAUCUGGAAAUAAAAUUAAUAAUAAUAGCAAUAAUAAUAGUAAACAACCAAUAGGAAAUCAUCCAAUUUCAUCAUUUAAUAAUAAUAGUAAAGAAAAUAUGUCAAAGAAUACAUUGAAUCAACAAAGAAUCAUUACCACAUCAACCAAACAUGUACAAUCAUCGACCAUUCCACAACAACAACAUCAACCACCACAACAGUCAAAACCAAUUAAUAUUAGCAGUGGUGGUAGUAGUGGUAGUUUUGUCAAACCACUACCAAAUAUCCAAACUAGUGGUGUUUCUUUUUCGAAAAUUGGUGCCUCACCCUCGAAAACCACAUUAAGUCAGCAACCACCAUCGCCAAGAAUGCAACCAAUUACCACCACCACCUCCAAGAAAGAGCAUUUACAAGCGAUGACCGAUGUAACUUUGGAACCAUUGUACCUCACUAAUAACGCUGCCUACAAUAGUCAAAACAAUAUUAAUCGUCCAGCUGUAUUAUCAUCGCGUCCAGCAUCACCAAGUGGAAUUUUAUCAAAUCCAACACCAUCGUCAAUCAACAAUACCAACAAUAUUACUACUACUACAACUGUUCGUCCAAUGUCAUCACGUCCAGCAACACCAACACAAAUGCUACCAACCACUCAAUCACCACCUUUAUCGAGACGUCCAGGCACCCCGACCAAACUCGAACCAAUCACAGUGGUUCCGAUCGUCCCAAAGGCAACAGCUGCACCCACCAAGGACAGUGACUCAAUCAGCGUUGUCACAGAGGCCAAGCUGGAAUCACGUAUCAAAAUACUAGAGUUGGAUAACCGUAUUCUACGUCAACAAAUGACCGAAAAGGACAAAACAAUGGAUCAACUCAACUCUAGAAUCAACGAACUCGAAGAUCAAAUGAAAGUAUUUAUGAAUGAAGUUAAAAUGGUAUUGAUGAAUAGUGUUCAACAAUAA